GCCGCACUUGACUGACAUUCAUCGGCCGCCGAGACCGCUCCGCUCUGCUCGCGGUCCGUUCGCUGAGAGUCCGCCGCACAGUCGCAUCGAAGCCGCCGGGCGAAGCGGUACCAUUUUACGGCAUUUCCCAGGGACUCGUGUCCACUUUUCCGGCCUCUGUGCAAAGAAAUCAUCCACGUGCUCAAGCGUUCUGUCCACAUCCUUAUCGAAUUUCAAUUUCCUCGCAAGGAAAAUCAAAACGUAAAAAAAAAACCGAGGAGCCUGUGAUUUGUUUCUAUUUAGCAAAUAAAAGUCAAGUGAGUGCCUUUAAAAGAAAAUAAAGGAAAUUUGGAAAGACAAAAGAAAACUCCUUUCGCAAUAUCACGUAAUUUCUUAGCGCUUCCUGCUUUGUUAACACAUUACGUUUUGGCUUGAUUUGGCUUAAUCGCCGGCAGACUUAUUAAGAUUACAGGUCAUUAAAUGAAAUUAACUCGACAAGAAUGAAAAAUAGUCGCCAGACAGAAAACCAAAUAUAUAUGUAUGUACAGUGGCAAUCUAUAUUAUACAUUCUUUUUGUGUUUAUACUGGCUUUGUGUGUCGUCUCCCUUUUGAAGAAAUAAGAGUGCCGGAAUGCAAAACAAAGGGCUUCCAGCUUGGACUACGAGGCGACCUGUUGAUUGUGCGAUUAAUGGUCUAAAAUUAGUCCCAGGGAAAACAGCUGCUCAGGAAAAUAUUAAGCAUGCGCCCCGUUGACGAAUUAUGUUUUGUAGCUUGUAUUUUUACAUAAAACGAAAUUGGGCGAUGAUAAAUUAUAAUGAAAAAAUAAAAAAAUCUAGUAUAUGUUUUGGAAUUUUCUGCAAAAGAACGGCAGCUGAUCUUAUUUGGUAUAUAAAUAAAAAACAAAACAGUGGUGUACAAAACACAUUGCGUAUGCGACCUGUUAACCAUUUAAAGUUCAAGAUAAUUAAAUAUCAACUUGCUCCCAACUAAUUGCAGUUGCGUGUGCCUUUAUAAGAUAAUAAAUAUCUGAAAAACAAAUAAUGUAAAUACUCUAAUAGAAAACCAACGAAUGUCUUAAAAAUUGCAAAUUAAAAUAUUUAUUUAAAUUUUCUUUAUUGUAUGCAAUAAAGAGCCAAAGAAACUUCACAUUCAUUUUCCAGCUAUUCGCUAAUUGAAUAAUCAAUGCCCAGAUUGGCGAAUCCUCAAUAAAUACAGCUGUUCGUUGGCAAAUUACUCAUGGGACCCGUUUAAAUAUAGUUCAAGAUAAUCGAAACUAGCCCCUAAUAGCAUGUUCAUUAAAGUUUCGUUUAAGAAUUCAACUCAUGCUGGACAAUUAAAGUCAAAUCAAUUAAUCAAUUCACAAUGAAUUAAUUAAAAUCUCAAAGGGCUUAAACAACUUUAGUUAAUACUGAAAUCUUGGCUACGUAAAAGUGGCAUUUAAAGAAAUUUUUUGAUUUAAAGUUCAUUAAAAAGAAACAAAAUAACUUUCUGCAGUUCAGGGACCUUUAAAAGUACCAAGCCUAUUUACGGUUUAGCCUUUCGCUCUUUAUUUAUAGUUGUUGGCUUUUUUUUAAAUCGUCGUGUGUAUUUUCGUACUUGAAGGCUGCGAAAACUCAAUUACAUGCCGAUAGCUCGUUAUCAAAAAAUACUCGCCCAAGCAUAUGUGAAUUUGCGAACUGCGUCAAAUCUGUAAGUUGCGGUUUAUCUCAAUGGCAGCCUUUGUGGUUAAAUGGGGUUGAAAAACAUCAGGAAAAACUGAGAAGGUGUUGACUUGUCUCACAUCCAGUAGACGAUCUUAAAGUAUCGGGUUUACUGCGUCUGACUUAGUACUUAGAAUUUCCGUUUCAUAUCAAGUGCACUUGCACUCAGGAAGUUAACGCCAAAAAGGCAGAUAAUUCUUGCUAGAAUGUUUCAGAAUGCAUUCACUUUCGAUGUGGCAUCACUUCAGAGUUCAGUGUUCUCGGUGCAUUUGCAUAGAAUAUGAAUAAAGCGUUCGGAGCAUUCAUAAAAAUGUUAAUAUAGAAGAUCAAGAACCAGAGAGUAUGACAAGAGCAUGCCUAAUUUAAUAAUGAAUCAAAUAUACCGGUCACUAAAAUUUAAGCUUAAUUAAACGCAAUUAUUCAGUGUUGCGGCUUCGAGCUUCAAGAGCGAAUAUCAAAGAACUGCACUGAAAAAAAAACGUAUCUUGCUAUAAAUAUUUUCUCACAAAAAGAGAUAUUCCUGCUAAAAUCUCUUAGAUUUCCAUUCAAAAUCUAUCCUCGUUAUGUGCGGUAUUGCUCUUGAUCUAAUUGAAUUAAGCGAAAAAUGCGGGAUGAACUCUACGUGAUGCACCUGUCCAACGUCCAUUUCAAUUAAAACUCACUUCAGAUUAAUUGUGAAGACAAUAAAAAGGCGCCGACAAAUGCUCGACAGCUAUUCAUCAUUCAAAAGACAUAAUCAUAUCAAUUUACCAGACACCAACCAGAACACAACUGACACGCUCCCAAAUAAGCAUAUAUAUAUGUAUAUAUGUGUAUAUAUAUAUAUAGAUUCCUACUCGUAUUCAUGUGCAAUAACGCAAAGUGUCAAAGACCCAACCAUAGCUCACUGCGGGGUCAAUUGAUAGACUCAAUUAUGACGAUAUAUCACAGAGAUGCGAACCUGUGGCAUAUGUACGUACAUAUGCAAUAUUUAUGCUCAAGUGAUACAUAGUGUUUGGUGAUGGGAACUCUGGGCAGAUUGGUCAAAUAAUUGCCAGAGGAUGGAUUCCCGAUAAGCGAUAAGUGCAGUGCAGUUCAAUUUCCUCAAUUGUCUGUGGCUUCCUCAUGGGUCUGUUUACCUAAGAGUUCAGAAUCCGCUUAUCGGACCACAGUGAAUGCCCCAUAUAGGAAAAUUCGCCUACCGAAUGCGAUCAUAAAAUAUUUUAUCCACAUUCAUGCAUGUUAUUCGUAAACGAAAUGGAUAAUUACACGUAUUGCUUGCAAUGCAGCUUCAAACUAUCAUAACUAAUUAAAACACAUCAUCGUUGAGUGUCGGGGGAAGCUUUGUAAUUAUCACCACUGAUAGGGGAUUCGACUAUAGUUCUGUAUAUAUGUACACAUAUACUUACCGGACUUAGUAUAUUCUACAUGAGUGUAAACAGCAAUUGAAAGUCACGCUUUGCUUAAAUUGAUUCAAUUAUAUUGAUAAAAAUAGACGCUAUGGGAAUUCGUCACUCAAUAAAAUGCUGCGCUUUUUGCAUUUUAUUUGUAUUCAAUUCUUUGUUGAUUUCUUUGUUCGCCAUACUUAUAUUAAUAUGUGACUUGAUGCAUCUGUUAAUAAGAGAUUUGAUUCUACAUUUUUUUUAUUCUUUAACUAGCACUGCCUGAAAGUAGGCAACAUGAACAUGAGUUCACAAAAUAAUAUUGUGUAAAGUUAUAUUUUAAAUUAUUGUAUUAUGAUUUGUUCAUAAUGAUUUUAUAAUAGAAAACUUAUCAGUACAUUCUCAACUUGCACUACAUUUAUGAGUUCUUUCAUUUGAUCCAUUUUUAUAUGUUGGCAAAUAGACUAUCAAUUUAUCCAUUUUCAUUGAUGUUUCAAUGACUUGCAUAUCAUUACAGCCACCAUUAGGUAUCCACACACCAUCGCCCAGCGUGAGCCAUGCCAACACAAAACAGCGCAAUGUGGGGCCAAAAAAGUAAUCGCAAAUUAAUUAUCGGCAUUUUCGGCUUUUGCCUGGGACUAUUUGGCAUAUUGUGCGGCAUGUUCUGGGUGGACCUGUUCGAUUGGAUCAUGCACAAGGAAAUGGCUCUGGCCCCCGACACACGUGUCUAUGAAAAUUGGAAGAGUCCGCCAAUUGAUCUCAGUCUGGACAUCUACCUGUACAACUGGACGAAUCCGGAGGAUUUCGGCAACCUUUCCACAAAGCCCAUUCUGGAGCAGGUGGGUCCUUAUCGUUUUAUCGAGCGACCCGAUAAGGUGGACAUUCACUGGCAUCCAGAAAAUGCAUCCGUCACUUAUCGCAGGCGCAGCUUGUUCUACUUUGAUGCGGCGGGCAGUAAUGGCAGCCUGGACGAUGAGAUUACCACGCUUAAUGCAGUGGCUCUGUCUGCAGCCGCCACAGCCAAAUAUUGGCCACCAGUUAAGCGCUCCCUUGUCGAUGUGGGACUAAAGAUGUACGGUGCCGAGAUGUCUGUCCAAAAAUCGAUCGAUGAGCUGCUCUUCACCGGUUACAAUGACGCAAUGAUCGACGUGGCCAUGGCCAUGCCCAUUUUUGGUGAUGAGGUGAAGGUUCCAUUCGAUAAGUUCGGUUGGUUCUAUACGCGCAAUGGAAGUGCCGAUCUUACCGGAGUUUUUAAUGUCUUCACUGGCGCCGAUCAACUGGCCAAACUGGGUCAGAUGCACUCGUGGAAUUACCAGGAGAACACUGGAUUCUUUGAUUCCUAUUGCGGUAUGACCAAUGGAUCCGCCGGGGAGUUCCAGCCACAGCAUCUGAAGCCCGGCGAUAGUGUUGGUCUAUUUACGCCCGAUAUGUGCCGAACUAUUCCGCUGGAUUAUGUGGAAACUGUGGAUAUUGAAGGACUGGAAGGUUAUAAAUUCUCAGGCGGACCACGAUCUGUAGAUAAUGGCACCCAGUAUCCUGAGAACCUUUGUUUUUGUGGUGGCCAAUGUGUUCCGUCGGGUGUGAUGAACAUCAGUUCCUGUCGCUUUGGAUCUCCUGUUUUUAUGUCCUAUCCACACUUUUUCAACGCCGAUCCUUACUACCCAGAUCAGGUAGAGGGCUUGAGUCCUAACCAGAAGGAUCACGAGUUUUAUAUGGUUGUGCAGCCAAGUACUGGUAUUCCCCUGGAGGUGGCUGCCCGAUUUCAAGUGAAUAUGCUCGUGGAGCCAAUCCAAGGCAUUAGCUUAUACACUGGAAUACCAAGGAUAUUUUUCCCACUCGUAUGGUUCGAACAGAAAGUAAGAAUCACUCCAGAUAUGGCAGAUCAACUGAAGGUGCUGCCCAUUGUCAUGCUCUCCGGACAUAUAUUCGCCGGAAUUUGCUUGAUCGUAGGCAUAACUCUACUCUGCUGGACUCCGGUUCAGAUUCUAUUGGCUUCCUGUCGAAAUCGUAGAUACGAUCUGAGGACCAAAACCAAAACGAAUGGCCAGUAUAAGAGUCGCUCUCAAUUCUCCAGUGCUGAGGAACUGAAGUCCAAGGCCUCCACUUUGGUGUGCGAAAAGAGUGUCAAAGGAUCUCCGGACAGUUCUCCGCUCCUCGAAAAAGGCCGUAAGCCAACCAUUAUUAAAUCCCAGACGGGUGAAAGUGUGGCCACUGCAUCCACAGCCAUCAGCGACAAUAAGCAGGAUUGAACAGAACCGCCACAUUCACGCCAUUUAGAUAGUUAAGCCGUCCUAGUGCUUUAGUCGUAGCUCAUAGUUUAGUGACACUCUAAAACACCCAACUGAAAAUUGCAAGCAUUCCCGUGCCUAUGCCAAAGAUUAGAUAGCCUUCGAAGUCGAAACGUCUGGUGGACUUCGCUUAGCUAACGAAUACUCUUUUUACAUUCCUUAGUUAUUAGAUAUGUUUUGUAUUAAAAUGAUUUCUUGACCCAUGGCUUUCGUGUCAAAUAAAAUCUUCAACUAC